ACAGCAUAAACUACAAUGAGGUUUUAUAAAGUAAAGAUUUUAUAAAUAGAAUAAUGACACUCACAUUCUUAAUACAUGCAGAUGUUUAACUUGCCAGAUUUAAGCGAUAAGUUACCUUACUUUUACCUCAAACUUACCCGCAAUACUUGUAAUAUUCGAUGCUAAUUUUAUAAAAAGGAAGUGUGUCCGUUUAACGAAUUUAUUUCAUAGUGCACAGCGGCUUGGGAUAAACGGUUUUAGAUAGAAGAAAGUUUUAAUUAAUUUCUUAAUAAUUCAGUGCAUCUGUGUUAAUCUCAGGACAUUUCGUUAUUUUCGAACAUAUUGCCGGCCAAUAAUUUUUCAGAGAUGUCCGUGAAACUGAACAAUGGAAAAGUUGAACAAAAUGGAGAAUUGUAUUUAGAGAAGGAACUUCUAGCACCGUACACUCAUAUAAUGAAAGUGCGUGGCAAGGAACUACGCAAGAGACUUCCAACCGCCUUUAACGAAUGGUUGAAACUUUCCGCGGAUAAAGCAGAGUAUAUUAUUGAUGCUGUGCAUAUGCUGCAUAAUGGAACUUUGUUAUUCGAUGAUAUUCAAGACAACACAAUGGUACGUCACGGUCUGCCUGCUGCACACAUCGUGUAUGGUCUCCCGCUUGCCAUGAACGCGGGGAUUCAUGUGAUUAUCCUAGUUUUGCAAAAUCUUGAGAAGCUAGGUCAUCCACAGAUUGGUAAAAUGUUCAGUGAGGAAUUUCUAGAAAUAGUUCGUGGUCAAGGAUCAGAAGUGUAUUGGCGAGAUAAUCUGCAAUGUCCCACACAAGAACAAUAUGAACAUGUGGUUCAACAAAAAUCUGGCAACAUGUUCAGACUAGCUAUUCGGUUGAUGCAGCUCUUUAGCGACUAUGAACACGAUUUAAGUGAACUAGCCCUUACCGUGGGCAAGUAUUUCCAGUUCAGAGAUGAUUAUUGUAAUUUGGCGCAAGAAGAGGCUGUGGAAGAAUGGCCAGAGGACCCUAGUAAACAGCCCAAGAAAAACCAAGAUAGCUUUUGUGAUGACUUAACCGAAGGAAAGUUUACGUUGCCUAUUAUACACGCUCUCAAUACUCCGGACGGACAUACAAUUCUCAAUAUUCUACGUCAACACACCCGAGAUUACGAGUUGAAGAAAUUCUGCGUCGGUGAAUUAGAAAGACUAGGAAGCAUGCAAUACACACGAGAUAGAUUACGGAGCAUUGAUAAGCAUAUAAGAGAUGAGGUUCGUCGUUUGGGCGGAAAUCCGAAGCUAAUAUCUAUACUGGACGAAAUGGCCGUAUAGGUAAUUAAACAAAGUCCAAAGCAUUCGGUUUUAGUAUGGCCGGUGGUAAAAGCAGCGUUGUAUUUAUUUUAAUGUAACUAUAUUGAAUGUGUUAUUUAUUAUUUUCAAAAUCUAUUAUUUUAAUAAAUAGGAAGUGAGUUAA